UAAAGUACUAGGUACUAUAGAUAGUGAGUGGACCACUAGAAUGGGUAGCCAAGACCCCAACGAGGAGUAAGUGGCUUAGGAGCCAAGGCUUUGCCAGUGAGGGCUGGAGUGUUAGGGGGAACACGAACAUCCUGAAGGAGGGGCGCAAGAAAAUUCCUAUCUGGAGUAGGCCAGAGGGGCAUAGGACGUAUGCUGGACUGGUAGGACCAGAAGGUGGAAAAUUCCUAUCCUAAAAGGUCAGCGGUGCACUGCUGUGGUGUCAGCCCGACUGAAGUAGGAAGGUGGUAAGUCGCCUUGGAAAGGGGUGUUCCUGUGUCUCCAGUGAUUUUGUGUGAGGGGUUCGUAAAAGGAAGUUAUUGCUCUGCAAGGAAGGGAGUAAGUGAAACCCAUGGGACUGUGUAUGGACUGUACAAAGUUAAUGCAUACUGGAAAGCAUUACCAAGAAAAGUUCUCAUUUUUGUGAUUUUACCAUCGUGUGGAUAUUCAUCAUUCCAGUGAAGAAACCAGUUUUGAACUCCACAAGCUUGAAUUGUGCUCUGAAUACUUGCACCCAGAAGAUUCUGACAAAGAAGCUGAUAUAUUUGUAGCUUCUGAAACCAUCAAAUCUUAUUUAGAUGAUUUGAAAGGACAAUAUACAAAGUUUGCAGUGCUUUCUCAAAAUGGAAAAGGGAAAAGUUUCAUCCUUAACCUGCUGCUGAGCCUCACAGCAGAUAAUGAAGAAGAAUAUAUGGAAAAUAAUCGGUAUUUAAAACUGCCAAAGGAUAUUGACGAAAAAGCAAAACUGGAAGAGAUUGAAGAAGAUGUUUAUCUACCAGAUGUGGUAAAAGAUUUUAUAAAAACAGCAUCUGAAACAAAGAAAAAAGAAUGUGCCAGAACUGUAAUAGAACCUUUGUGCUGUGAGCUCCCAGAGGUAGUCCAACGCUCAAACAAUUCACUUUCAAAUGUGGCAAAAUAUUUUUCUGAAAAUAGCAGAUUAAAUAUAGAGCCCUAUAUCCUUUCUCAGAAGAAGAGAAAGGGAAGCUAUGAAUCUACCACAAAAUGUAUCAUUAACUUGAGAUAUGGAACAGUUUACCAAAUGAGCGUGAAUUACUUUACAGAGGAAGAACUUCAACAACAACUGUUUGAAUUGGUCACAUUGAAUGGAGAAGACUCUUCAAGCCUGAUAAAUGAAACAAAUGAAAAUAUAAAAAAGAGAGCCCAGGAAUGCUUAAAAGUUAGGUUUGAAAUCCUAACUGACCACGGCUUUUUCAGUAAUUCACAGGAAAUUAAGUGUCCCAAAGAUAUUGUUCUUUCUAAAGAAGUUCAACAGUUGGCAGGAAAAACAGAAUUGUAUAUUGGAAAUGGGAAAGAGGUCCAACAUGACCGACUUGCUAUGCAGAGUAUUCUAAGGCAAUUAACAACUAACCAAAGGAAAAAAGAGGAUACAGUUAAAGAUUCCAGAAAGAAAAUUGCUGCUGUCAAGCAAAUUGUGAUUUACUUGCCCAGCAAGAUAUUGUAUGGUGGCAAAGAAAUUCUGGAAAUGCCAGGAACAGAUGAUUCUGACCCAAUGGCAAUGAAUUUUAUAGAAACUGCUUUGAAUGAGGUGGAUGCAGUCAUUGUUAUAAGUGAAUUUGCUUUUACUAUCACUGAAACUGAAGUGAAAGAUAUGCUGUUUAACAGUGGUUUUGGAAAAUUCUGGAAAAAAAACCCCAACAAUUAUAAACUCAUACUCCUUGCAUAUUCAGAAAAGGACCAAGAAUGGCAAUUUGGAAAAGAUGACACAAAAGAAAUUGAAUCUCUAGAACAACAUGAAGUCAAAAAAAGAGAAAAAGAAUUGAAUUCAGUCAGCGACCUAUUGAAGAUGAACCCUUUACCUGAAGACUUGGAGAAGAGCAUCAUUACAGCAUGCAUAUUACCUGUAUUGCAUACUUCAAUUCUUGCACAACAGGGAGAAGAAUAUAGGAUAUUUCAGGAUUAUGAACAGUUUUUAAAAAACACAGGAAUUAACAAACUUAUAAAUGCAAUUGAUGGAUUUGUAGCAUCAAGGCAAAAAACAACCACUGAGAAGGUAAAAGCAGAACUUUCACAUUUUCAUAAAGAGAAACAUUUAGGAAACAUUACAGCAGCAGCAAAGUCUGUACUAAAUGUGUUAAACAACAGAGAGUACAAAGGCACUCUGGAACCUACCAUUACUAAAAAUAAUGAGAAUAUUUUGAUAUUGUUUGAUAAGAGCCUGAAACAGAUGCUUGCUGAAGUUGUAGAUACUAAGGUGGAUGCAAUAUUAAAGGAAACUGCUGAAGAAGCUAAAAUAAAUUGGACAAAUAAUAAAGACAAAAUAAAGUCAUUUGCGGUGUACAAUCCUUACUUUUAUGGCAAGAAUCCUGUGUACAAGGUGAAGCUAUUCAAUCUUUUCUUUGAUGGCUUGGAGGACAAAAAAGUUAACAUUUUCAAUGAAAUUAAAUCCAGAAUAGAGCCCUUGCUCAAACAAUGCAAGGAUAAAACACUGCAACAGUUGAUGGAAGACCUAAAUAAACUGCUAGUAGAAAAAUAUGAUCCCUUCACUUUGGAAUUUGUCCAAAAUGCCAUUGGAAAUGAGCUGGAUGGUGCAUUAGCAUGGUAUUUGGGAAACAUACAGCGACCCUUUAAUGAGAAAACAAUGAAAAAAUGUUUUGACAAAAGUCAAAAUGAAAACUUAAAAAAAACCAUACUUAAGCCAAAUUUCAAACAAGAGAGUUCUCUGGCAAUCGCAAAGCAGAAGACUGAAGUAAAUAUUGAAAAAUGUAUAAUGGAUAUAAAGAUUUCUUUUUUGGACAAGUUAUUUGCUCUGCACAAGAUGAGAUGUCAGCAAACUAUGAUGAACCCUAAUGGCUAUGGAGAUUCUUGCAUCCAUGAAGAGAUGGCCAGAAAAGAAAUUGAAAGCAAUUAUAUUUUAUCACAACUGUGUAGAUCUUAUUAAAGUUAGUUUUGUGGUUUUGUUUUAAUGUUAGUCUUACAUUUCUGAUAUUAUAUUAAUCUGUUGUGGGUUUCCACAAUUUUAAGGUAUACUGACACUUUUAUGGGUAACUUGCCAUUUGCAUCCCUUAAAGUGGACCUGUCACCCAGACACAAAAAUCUGUAUAAUAAAAGU